AUGCCUUACGCAGAUCCAAUGGAAGCGGGUCCCUCCAAUUCUGAUUCUAAUUCCACCUUCUCCCCUAACAAGGAAGCCAUAAAAGCCGACAUUGAAGCAUUGCGCUCCGCUUUUGCUUCCAGAUGUGUAGAUCCACCCCUGGGAUGGCCUGCAAUCCAUGCCUUCGAGUCCAGAUACGGCAUAAUUCUUCCGGAGCCAUAUCGGACCUUCGUAGCCGAGGUGGCCAGCGGAUGCCGUGACGGCCCUCCAGAAUACGGCCUCAACACACUCAGUAAUUGUUGCAAUAGGGAUGACCCGGACAUGGCCCGCCUCGCUUUGCCAUUUCCGCUAACAAAAAAAUGGCUAUGGGAGGACUCUCCAGAGCCUCCAGAGGGUUUCCCGUCAUCCGCUAUUGGUCAGGAUGGUGAGGCAGAUAUUUUUGGCCGCGGCUGUCUCGAUCUGGGGACAGAGGGGUGCGGCAUGGAUUGGUACCUUAUCAUUACUGGGCAGCAGCGUGGGCAGAUCUGGCUCCUGACUGGAGAAGGGGCUGUACCUUUUGGUGAGCUGUUCGAAUCCAUGAAGGUCCAGCCGGGGUUCGCUGGGUGGGCGCUUCAUUGGGCUGCAGGGAAGGAGUUGAUGGGCAGUGAUGAGGAGUAUAGCAUGUAA